AUGACGAUUACUCUAAAUGACGUAUCUCGCCUCCUUCACUUGCCCGUCAGGGGAGUCUUUUGGAGCCCUCAAGAUAUCAGUGAAGCGCUUGCUGUUGAGUGGGUUGUUGAUUAUUUAAGAGUGUCACGGAGAGUGGCACAUCAACAAGUCUGUGACUGCAGGGGUUCUUACUAUAAGUUGGAGUGGUUAUAUGAUCGAUUCGUAGAGCAUAGAGCUUCAUCUAGAUGGGAUUAUGCCACUAGAGCUUAUUUGUUGAUGUUAGUGGGUUCCACUAUUUUUGCGGACAAGACAUUUACGCUUGUUGAGGCACGAUAUCUCUCACUAUUUAUAGACUUGGAUGGCUUAUCAGGAUACAGUUGGGGAGCAGCUGCGUUGGUUACUCUUUAUAGAUAUCUCGGAGAUGCUUCUGUGUUCAGUUGUAAGCAGCUUGGUGGUUAUCCGACUCUCCUACAGUGUUGGAUUCAUGAGUAUUUUCCAACACUUGGAAAAAAAAAGGAGAGAACUGGAUACCAGCUAAUAAUCUGGGUCUCCCUCGAGUGA